AUGGCAUCGGCCAAUGUGUACCACUUCUCUAUUGGGAGUGAGAAGCAUACCUUCGAGAUCGACAUCCCUCCCAAUGCUCACGGCCACUCCCUUCGUGUUACGAUUGACGGCACAAAGAAUAAAGGCUCAGUUAUGAUCAUACGCAACACCAACACCAGCGUCGACGACAACAAUGACCCUGAUUGUGAUUACAACUGUGAUACAUACCCUAUCGAACAUUCACGUUGUCACAACGAAGAAGCUCUCGACGAAUCGAUGAGGAACCUGCGCCCAUUUUCUCCCCAGCCGGCGAGCCCUAGCCGAGCGGCAGCAUACUAUACUAGUCAUAGUGUACGCUUGGACCCUGGAAAACCCGUCAAGACAGCCGAACGUCGGAAGGAAAACUCUGGACAACAUCCUGUUACUCAUGAGCAGCACGCGACUCGCCAAGACGCCGUCUCGUCUCCUCGCAACCCGUCCCGAGCACCCCAAUUUGGUAGGAAGGUUUACGUGCCAGAUUUCAGGGAAGAAGACGAACUACCUACCUGGGCUGAAUUAGCUGCACGGGCGCGCCUUGACAGCAAGGGGUGUAUGGAUCGCAGUGUUCGGAGCACGGGUCGGGAGCACCACGAUUGCCAGACCAUGGGUCGAGAAGUGCCCGAUCAAGAACAUGACACGACGCCCACCCACAACCCAAGCCAUCCCAGCAAUCUCCACGUUCCAUUCCACCGACUGCCCGCCCUUGACGGAGUAGAUGGCGAUCGCUUUCCCCAACUCUUCGCAGUGCCCAUGGAAUUCCGUCUCAAGUAUCCUCUGUCCACGAAUAGUUCCCGUGGCAUCCAUGGCAAGGAAUGGUGGGCCGUUUGUAAAGGAUAUGAAAUUGGUGUGUUCUGCGACUCCUGGCCAUAUAUUCAAGCUCUCACAGGCCCUGUCAACGGAUUUCAGAAAAAGGCGGUAACUUGGAGGCAGGCAUUAGCGUACUACAACGAUUACGAACGAAAAUCUAACACUUACCGUUACAUUUUGUAA